GAAUUCAGUUGUCAUUUCACUAAAUAUAAAACAGCCAUAAUUAUGAAAUUUUUCGUGUUGCUUGUGGUGCUUGCUGCCCUUUUUGUCAGCUGCUUUGCGGCCCCCAAAAAUGUGGAGUGCGGUCUUGAGCAUUCGCUCAAUGGCGAUGGACGUAUUUCCUGUGAGGCAUAUAUACCCAACUGGACUUUCGACUCUGCAGCCCAAGAAUGCGUCCAGUUUAUCUAUGGGGGCUGUGGAGGGAAUGCCAAUCGCUUUGAAACCAAAGAAGUCUGUGAGGAGAGAUGCCUCAAUUGAAUUGCUUGGAAUUAAGACAAAGCUAUGUCAAAAGAUUUUGCAAGCAGAGAUUCGGCUUAGUUAUUGAAGAAUAAAA